AUGGCUGUCACUCUAUACACUUAUGAAGAAGUUGCUAAACAUAACAAAGUUGAAGAUGCUUGGAUAGUGAUUGAUGGCAAAGUCUACGAUAUAACUAAUUUCUUAGAUGAACACCCAGGUGGUGAAGAAAUCAUUUUUGAAAAUGCUGGUGGUGAUGCUACUGAAAGUUUCUUAGAUAUUGGCCAUUCUGAUGAUGCUAUGAAAAUCUUAAAAGGUAAAUACAUUGGUGACAUGGAUCCAAAUAGUAAACCUUUGUCUAAGAAGGAAACUCAACCAGCUGAAACUGUCAAAAAAUCCGAAGGUAGUCCAACUUUUGCUAUGGUCUUAUCUAUUGCUUGUUUGAUCAUUGGUUACUACGUUUUAAAUAACUAA